AUGGCGACAAUUCACCAGCAGCUAGUGUUACUGCUGUGGCUGUUGGUAAUCAAACCGAUCGGAGCUGUCGAUGCCGGUCACCACCACCAACAGUACCUAGAGCGGUGGGUGUCUUGCGUCGGUGAGAUAGUGCAGCAAAACGCCAACAUCGUCAAGCACGAGCUGAACGCCUAUACGCUUAGCGAUAGUCCGACCGGACAUCGGUUUCGCGAUGAUUUGCUGGACCGAUUACUACCAUUGCUGACGGUUGGGGCAGCACACGCGGACGGUACACUGUUCACCUUCAAUCUAGACCGGUAUGAGCGUACGGUUAACUACAAUCAGCACAACCUUGUGCUCAUCCUAAUGGACGAUCUGCGCCAGUUCGAGAUGCAUCUACCGAAGCUGGUAGCGAAAAAUGUCGAGCAUCGAGGUUACUUUCUGCUGCUGCUGCUGGUACCGACGACAACUAGCAUCGGUGGCCGCACGGUACAGCAUCAAAUGGCGGACACGUUUCGCCGACUGUGGGAUGUUCGCAUACACAAUGUCGUUCUCGCGAUCGGUUACUACCGCGAUACGGUGCAGCAGAUCGAUCUGCACGUGUACGAACCGUAUGGGCCUGGAUGCUGUGGAUGUAGCCGACCGAAGCGGCUCGCCCAGUGCAGCGAUGGGAAGCUAAUGCACGGCGGGACGCUGCUGUACGAUCGGUUCGAACACAAUCUGUACGGUUGUCAGCUUCGGGUGGCUUGCUUCGAGCGGGAACCUUUCAUGAGGUUUUUAAACGCGGAAGACGCAUCCUCCUCCAACGGUAUUACAGAGGACAUCCAGCAAUCGCAUCAACGACUGGCCGGGAUCGAAGGUAAUCUGGUGGAGUUGCUCGCAAGGCAUCUCAACUUUCGCGUAUCCAUCGUACAGCCCACGGACGAACGUAUGUGGGGUCGGAUCUACCCGAACGGUACGGCAAACGGUGCACUAGGACUGCUGCUGCGUGGAACCGUCCACAUGACGGUGGGCGGUUACUUUCCCUACCCGAAGCUGCUCGCCACCACAACGCAAUCCCACAACUACUACAUGACCGAUCUGGUGCUGGCCGUACCGGAAGCACUCGCGACCAUCAGCCCCCUCGAGCAGCUGCUAAAACCCUUCCACCUAACCAUCUGGCUCGUGGUGGCACUCGAGCUAGCACUCGGAUUCGCGGCCCUCCGCUCAUACGCCGUUUCGCUCAACUUUUGGCGUGCGUUUAUUGGAGAAUCUUUGCCCGAUUCCGCAACGCCACACCGCACACCGAUCCGGUUCGUGCUCGUACUAUGGAUCAUCCAUUCCACGUUGCUGCGCGAAUGCUACAAAGGAUCACUGGUGAGCUAUCUAACCGAGGCGACACCGCUCAGCGAUAUACACAGUCUGGCGGUACUACUGCAAGCAGGCUACCGAUUCGCAAUGACCGAAACCAUCUUCCACAAGGUGUUCGACGAAUCGCAGCACCGUUUCGACGAGAGCCGGGUGCAGCUGAUCAAGUCAGCCGAGGGUCCGACCCUGCUCGAGCAAACGAUCCGCAACGGUGAACGGCUGGCGCUCGCUUACACCCGCGAGGAGAUCAUCAAGUUUAACGAGCGCAACCGGUCCGAUCUCAACUAUCGCACCUCCGAGGAGAAGCUGCUCACGUUUCACUUCGCGAUGUACUUCAAACGGUCCAGCCCGAUAGCGGCCGCGUUCGAUUGGUACAUCCGGCGCAUACAGGCGACCGGGUUUAUUGUUCGCUGGCAUCACGAAAAUCUGGACAUGCGGUUCGAGCGCCCAACGCUCUCCCACACCAGACAGGCGGAGGUACUGCAGGUGCGCCAUCUGCUCGGCAGCUACCUACUGCUGAUUGCCGGCCUGUUCCUGGCGACGUUCGUUUUUACCCUCGAACUGCUCUGGGCCCAGUGUAAGCGUUCCCUACCGGGUACCCCCAACUACCCUUACGUGCACGAGCUCGCCUACCGUCGCAUUCGUUAA